GUUUUUCGCUUCCUCACAUACGCUUUCCUUAUAUAGCUUGUUUGCUGAUGUAUCUUUAGAAAUCUUACCACCUACAGCAUCUCAUCUCCCCAAAACGACGUCUCUGAAACCCAUCUUUGUCUCCAUUAAGCCCUUCGCUCACCUCCUCUCUCCUCUUUCCUCUUCAGUAGGAAAACUCUUUGCUGAGGGACUGUGAUUCGGAAUGGGGAGAGGAAAGAUAGCGAUAAGGAGGAUUGACAAUUCGACGAGCAGGCAAGUGACGUUCUCGAAGAGAAGAAAUGGACUGUUGAAAAAAGCGAAGGAGCUUGCGAUCCUGUGUGAUGCGGAAGUUGGAGUCAUAAUCUUCUCUAGCACCGGGAAGCUUUACGAUUUCUCCAGCACCAGCAUGAAAUCAGUGAUUGAAAGAUACAACAAAUCAAAAGAGGAACAUCAGAUGGGAAACCCAAUCUCGGAAGUGAAGUUCUGGCAAAGGGAGGCAGCUAUGUUGAGGCAACAACUUCAAAACUUACAAGAAAAUCAUCGGCAAAUGAUGGGUGAAGAGCUCUCUGGCUUGAGCGUAAAGGAGUUACAAAAUUUGGAGAGUCGGCUAGAAAUGAGUCUCCGGGGUGUUCGUAUGAAAAAGGACCAUAUGUUAAUGGACGAAAUACAAGAACUAAAGAGAAAGGGAAACCUCAUUCACCAAGAAAAUGUGGAACUGUAUAAGAAGGUGUAUGGAGCAGGAAAUGUAAAUGGACUAAACAGAGAUUACCUUAGCAUCAAUGAUGCGGCAAUUGAGGAGGAUUCAAAUGUGCCUGUCCAUCUUCAGCUUAGCCAGCCACAGCAACAGAACUAUGAUACACCAGCAAGAGCUACAAAAUUGGGGCAUCAAGCAGUCCUUUUUCAAGAAUAUUGGGUUUCAACUUCAGCCAGGAUUAUUAACAGAUACAAUAAGCAAGGACAAAAGAGCAUCUAAGGCUUUAGUAAAAGCAUACACUGUUCAAGACUUCAAGUUCAGCAUACGAAACAUACUACUAUGAAAUUAGCAAGUUAGCAGGGCAAAGGAGAUCUCUUUCUGAAAAAUGCAACAUUGUAUUACAGUACCAAAAUUGGUAUUCAGGAAUUACUUGACAAAUACACUUCAGAAAAGGCACAGUACUGUGGAUUAACCGUUAGGUCCUCUAUGAGCAUGCAAAAUGAGCAUAAUUACCUCUCACGCUAUUUGCAAGUAAGAGGAAAGAUGUAAAAUGUUUUUCAAUUUAUUUUUUUA